UGACGAGCGGUUGUGUUGUGAAAGCCUCGCACGCUCCACCCUACAAUUGUUUUCAGCCCGGGGCAAAUUCGUCUUUGUGCUCCGUGCGCUGUGCAGCUGCGACUCUGCUCAGCGCUGAUUGGUCGAUCACUCUGAAGACUAGCCAACCGUGACCCGUCUUCCCUGCAGCGGGAGAGAUUAGGUUACAACGGCAGAUGUCUUUGCAGAAUUCAUAGCAAAACACCUUCUUGAAAAACUCACAGGUAUACGACGUUAGAAGGGUUUAGGGGUCUUUCUUGAGCUUUCUACGACAGUAAAAGUAUUUUAUCCCACGAGUGCGCUAAAGUGUUGUCGUGAAGAAGUGAGCUGUAUCAGUUGUAGCAGACGAUAUCCGGCGGUGAAGCAGACGACACGGUUCAACUUGACGGUGAGGCAUAUUGGAUACUGAUGCAGAGGGAGAUCUCCUAGUCAACGAUGUUUACAACAGAUAAGAUGUCCCCGUGUGUUCGGAUGCUGUUUUUGCUUGCGUCAAUUUCUACAGUGAUGUCUCAAGAUUCCCCAGUGAAAAUGUGUCUGACGGACGACGACAGGAACCGCACCCUGAACGUGACGCUAACGUGUCCAUCAAAUACGAUCAUCGUCGUGGGAGAGGCGUUCUUUGGUCGGAAUCAGUGGGGACUGUGUACCUUCACGGGAGACGACUGCACUGAGAACAUCCUCAGUUUGAAGGUCUGCGACGGCAAGAGGAACUGCAGCAUCUCCUUCCCCGGCACCUACACCACCAAGUGCGGCUUCGCCACCUUCCUCAGGGUCGUGUACGACUGCGUAGUUGGGGCCGUUAAUACACCUUCCCACAUUGAGCAGCAGGCACCUGUCCACCCCCAGCAGAAUGGACCUUUGACUCCGCCCCCUCUUCACCCCAGGCGCGUGGCCAGCUCGGACCCCGUGGUGACCCCACAAAACAAUGACGACCCCGCCUUGAUUGCCGUGUGUGCUGUUGCUGUCGUCAUCACGCUGCUGGUUCUGACCUUCGCAAUCUACCUCGUCAUCAGGCGGCUUGUGGGUGUCCGCCAAGACGUGCACAGUCCAGGUCUUCUCAAGAGCAACGGAAUCUCAAACCUAAUCUGGGAACAGUUUGGAUGUAUAUUAUCCCGUUGUCAAGAGCAAGACCCUGAAGAUGGUGGAGGGGAACUCGGCGCCCCACCCGCGGAGCAGGAUGAUGACGAUGAGAGUAGAGUGGCACCCUUAGGAGCUGCCGCGGUGGAGGAAGUGUACGAGUUGGGCAGACCGGAUAUGACAUCAGACAGUCAAAACCAGACAGUAGUUACGGGUCAGAAUCCCAGUGAACAUAACCCUGCGCGUGGGUCACAUGGAACGGAAGUACACAUUGAACAGAGCCCACGGGGUAGCAGAGUUGUAGGCGUCGGUGCAGCUGCUACUUCCGGUGAAGGGGUCAGCGCUGCCCGGGGUAUGGACGCGAGCCAUGUCCGGUUGGAUGCUGUGGCAGUGCCGAACACUGAGCUCUCUACACUGUGCUAGACAGGAACAGACACCAGACCCACCGGCUAUGGCAUCCACAGGGCGACAUCGGCCACUGUGACAGGUCUGGGUGAAAACACCAUAGGCAGCUCGAGAGGGCAAGAUCACUUGCGCAUCGUUCUUCUGACCACUUGCUCACAAUCACGGAACGUUCGCCAGUGAUUGAGUCUCAUCGACCAAACUAAUGCAUGAGACAUACAUUGACCAUAUUUAUGAUGCAGAAAUUUGUGAACUCUGGAUCUUGUUCUGUGUUGACUGAAAUCUUUCCAAGGAAGACGAUUUUGGGGUGCUUCUUUGAUAUCGUGACAUGAGUUAAUGCCUACCGCCGGCAUGACCAGCUAUCGGAUGUACGUGUGACGUGGAACUAGCACGUGAUUUGGGAAGACUCGGUCGAAGUUAAUUAUUUAUAUUUAUAUUGUUGACGUUUGAGUGUUUGAACUGUGUGGAAGAGUGGUGCGGGAGAAAGUGGGGUUGACACAGAGUGUGAUGUUGUUGAUUUUUUUAAUAUGUUGGCAUAUUAUUAUUUCCAUAAACAAACAAUACAUCAAAAAGGAGGUGUGAUUUUGGGGACACCAUACACUGUGUGGCCUCAUUUCAAUGCAAGCUGAUGUACUACAACGACGGUGACUGCUGUGACACUGUAAAUAUUAAACAAUACAUAUUUGC